GCCGCAGCGGCCCCGACCCGGGCUCCCAGCGCGCCUGUCCCGCCGGGCCCCGUCCCUCUCCACCCCUGCGCGUCAGGCCAGCUCCGGGGCCCAGCCAUGAGUUCUCAGAGGAAGAGCCCCCCGGGCGCCAGCCGCGCGGAGCCUCUCCCGGUCGUCAUCAUCGGUGGGUGUUCCUCGGGGUCCCCGGGACCUGGGGCCCGCGCCGGGCCACGCCGGGCAACGGCCCCCUCCGGCAUCUGCCUGUCCUACCUGCUCUCGGGCUACACCCCCUACGCGCGGCCCGACGCAGCCCACCCGCACCCCCUGCUGCAGAGCAAGCUCGCCCAGGCGCCCGGCGUCUCCAUCCUGGACCAGGACCUGGAGUACCUGUCGGAAGGCCUGGAGGGCCGGAGCCAGAGCCCCGUGGCCCUGCUCUUCGACGCACUCCUGCGACCUGACACAGACUUCGGGGGCGACAUGGACUCCGUCCUCACCUGGAGGCUCCAGACGGAGCGAGCCGUCCCCACCUGGGUCUUGGGCCGGAACCUGCCCGGGGGGGCCUGGCACUCCAUCGAAGGCUCCAUGGUGACCCUGAGCCAGGGCCAGUGGAUGGGGCUGCCGGACCUGGAGGUCAAGGACUGGAUAGUGAAGAAGUGCAGGGGCCUUCGCAACAGCCGCGCCACGGCCGGGGACAUCGCCCACUACUACCAGGACUACGUGACCAGGAAGGGCCUGGGCCGCCACUUCGUGUGCGGGGCCGAGGUCACGGCCGUGGAGUGGGGGGGGCCGGAGCACGGCAGCCCUGACCCCCAGGCGCCCGGCCCCCUCUUCCGGGUGAGCGGCUUCCUGACCGCCAAGGACCGGAGCCAGCAGCCCUUCUCGCUGUGGGCCCGCAACGUGGUCCUGGCCACGGGCACCUUGGACAGCCCGGCCCGGCUGGCCGUCCCCGGGGAGGGCCUGCCCUUCGUCCACCACGAGCUGUCGGCCCUGGAGGCGGCGGUGCGCUCGGGCGCCGUGUCCCCCUCCGCCGACCCCGUCCUGAUCAUCGGGGCCGGGCUGUCGGCGGCGGACGCGGUGCUCUACGCCCGCCACUACAACAUCCCGGUGAUCCACGCCUUCCGCCGGGCCGUGGACGACCCGGGCCUGGUGUUCAACCAGCUGCCCCGGAUGCUGUACCCCGAGUACCACAAGGUGCACCAGAUGAUGCGCGAGCAGUCCAUCCCGUCCCCCCAGCCCCUACGCCGGCUACCGCAGCCUCCCCGGAGCACCGCCCGCUGGCUCUUCAAGGAGGGCGGCCAGGCCGUGUUCCGCGACCCCCGGGGCGGGCAGCGGGUCUUCGGCGCCUCGCUGGUGCUGGUGCUCAUCGGCUCGCACCCCGACCUCUCCUUCCUGCCCGGGGCGGGCGCCCACCUGGCCGUGGACCCCACGCAGCCGCUCAGCGCCAAGAGGAACCCCCUCGACGUGGACCCCUUCACCUACCAGAGCACCCGGCAGGCCGGCCUGUACGCGCUGGGGCCGCUGGCCGGGGACAACUUCGUGCGCUUCGUGCAGGGCGGGGCGCUGGCCGCGGCGGGCUCGCUGCUGAGCAAGGCCGCCCCGGAAGCCGCCCUAGCGGGAAGCCCGCCCUAGCGCCCGCCGCCCGCCUCGUGUCCCGACGCCCGGGCUCUGAAGGAGGAAGAGCGCCACCGGCCCCGCCCCACGCACGCCCGUGGAGGGGUGACCGGUGGGCAGCCCACGCCGCGCCACCGUCAGGCCGAUGGAGACCCCAGGGUGGGGGGUGGCGGCCCGCCGCAGGCCUGAGCCUGGGGUCGGGGGAGCCGGCCCACCAGCCGCGAUCACCAGGCGGCGGACCGCCCGUCCACCGGGCGACCGGAGCCCACUGAGCCCGCU